AUGCCGCUAUCCCACGAAGAGGUGCUGACGCUGGUGCUCCCCCUGUUUCUCGUCCAGGGGCGAAUCUACAAGAAGGUGAAGCAUGCGUUCCUUCGCCCAGCCAUCGCUGGUGAGCUCAUACAGACCGUCGUCGGUGGCCAGAUUGAAACAGAGAACAUCGCAUGUGAAGGUGACAUGGUUGUUCGUGCGGAUACGUCAUUCAAAGAAGAGUACAUUGUGCGCGGAGAGGACUUCCACAAGAUGUACAAUGCCAGCCGUCCCCGCGAGAUCCAGCGAACACGUGAGGAUGCAGAGGAGCUUCGAAGAAACGGCUUCCAGUGCUAUGAGCCAACAAGGCGCGUAGUAGCCAUCAUAGUGGAUGAGGAGCUUGCCGCUCGUUUUCCCGAUGGCAAGUUCAUGGGGUCGUGGGGCCAUCCUGUAUCGGUCCAGGUCGGUGACUAUCUAGUCAGCGGGAAGCAGGAUAGCACGGGACAGAUUUUAGAGGUUUUGAAAAUCCACCCACUGGCAUUUUUCGAGACCUAUGCCAUUCGGCCCUAG